GGAGCCCAUUGUGGAUAUGCUGCUGUUCUUUGCGUUGGGAUUGCUUGUCCAUUUUGUGUUCUUCGCCUCCAUCUUUGACAUUUAUUUUACAUCUCCUUUGGUCCAUGGAAUGACUCCUCAGUUUACACUUUUGCCUCCUCCAGCAAAGAGAUUAGUGUUAUUUGUUGCUGACGGCCUGAGAGCAGAUGCUCUUUAUGAGUUAGAUGAAGAUGGAAACUCCAGAGCACCUUUCAUUAGGAAUGUUAUAAUGCAUGAAGGCAGCUGGGGAGUAUCUCACACACGUGUGCCAACAGAAUCUCGGCCUGGCCAUGUAGCCUUGAUAGCUGGCUUUUACGAGGAUGUCAGUGCGAUUGCCAAAGGAUGGAAAGAAAAUCCGGUAGAAUUUGACUCUCUUUUUAAUGAAAGCAAGUACACAUGGAGCUGGGGAAGUCCAGAUAUCUUGCCUAUGUUUGCCAAAGGUGCUAGUGGUGACAAUGUUUAUACAUAUAGUUACGAUGCUCAAAGAGAAGAUUUUGGUGCCCACGAUGACACAAAACUGGAUACUUGGGUUUUUGAUAAAGUUAAGGACUUCUUUGAUGCUGCAAAAACCAACCAAUCUUUGUUCUCAAAAUUAAAUGAAGAAAAAGUAGUUUUUUUCUUACAUUUAUUAGGAAUAGAUACAAAUGGACAUGCUCACCGACCAUCAUCAAGGGAAUAUAAGGACAAUAUUAAAAAUGUUGAUGAUGGAGUGAAAGAAAUUGUGUCAAUAUUCAAGCAUUUUUAUGAUGAUGAUGGGAAAACUGCAUUUGUCUUUACAUCUGACCAUGGAAUGACAGACUGUUCCCACGGGGCCGGUCAUCCUUCAGAGACUUUAACUCCUUUCGUUAUUUGGAGAGCUGGAAUCAAAUUCCCUCAAAAUGUGUCAGCUCAGCAAUAUGAUGAUGAGUUUUUAAAAGAAUGGAGAUUGGAAAACUGGGAGAGGCAAGACAUCAAUCAGGCUGACAUCUCACCACUGAUGGCAUCCCUUAUUGGAGUCCCCUUUCCCCUUAAUUCGGUGGGAAUACUUCCUGUGGGUUAUCUUAACAACACUGGUCUCUUCAAAGCAGAGAGCAUGCUUACCAAUGCAGUACAGAUUCUUGAACAGUUCAAGGUGAAAAUGACUCAGAAAAAAGAACUACCGUUUUUGUUUACACCAUUUAAGUUGCUCUCAGAUUCUCAACAGCUGGACAUUUUAAGAAAAGCAAGAUCUUACAUAAAACAAGAAAAAUUUGAUGAAGUUGUGUCCCUCUGUGAGGAGCUGAUUGACCUUGCCCUGAGAGGACUGUCCUAUUAUCACACUUAUGACAGACUGUUUCUGGGCGUCAAUGUUGCAGUUGGUUUUGUGGGUUGGAUGUCUUAUGCUUCUUUGUUAAUCAUCAAGUCUCAUUCUUAUAUCCCAAGACGCACUAGGAAGGAAGGUAAGAAGCCUCACCAUCUCCUGCCUUGGAGCUUCAUAGCUGCUGGUGUCUUAGCAGCACGCUUCCUGGUGAUGCAAGCCUGUUCCUGGACUUACUACGUGUAUUGCUUGCUGCCAGUGCCCAUAUGGUAUGCAGUACUAAGAGAACAUGAAGUUAUUGAAGACCUGGUUGGAUCACUAUUGACUUUUCCUCUGAGCCAUUUUGUUGCCUACUUGCUUGUCUUUACCUCGGGUAUUGAAGUCCUGGUGCUCAGUUUCUUCUACUGCUACAUGUUGACAGCUGGACUGAUUGUGUUUGCAAGUUGGCCGUUUCUCACUCAGCUGUGGACCCGAGCAAAGAUCACCUGCCUGAGUUGGGCUUUCUUCUCUUUGCUUCUUGCAGUGUUCCCACUGAUGCCUGUUGUAAAGCCAAACCUUUCUCUAGUAAUGGGUGCCGGAUUGCUGGUUCUUCUGCUGUCCCUGGCUGUUCUAACAACUCUCGUAAAAAGAAAAACUAAUUUGGUAAAGGACGAACUGUUGGUACUCCUGUUACAGAUGCUGAGUACAGUCCUCUCUGUAUAUGUUGUGUACAGCACCCACCACAGUCUGUUAAAGAAAGAAGGCCUGCUUCUUAUGAAUCAGAGUGUGAGCUGGGCAACAUUAGCUUCUUCCCUGGUGGCGCCGCUCCUGAGCUCCACAGCUCUCUCUCAGCGACUGGCCAGCAUACUUCUUUCCCUGAUGUCGACCUACUUGCUCCUAAGCACGGGGUAUGAAGCUCUCUCUUUAGUGUUGUCCUGUUUGAUGUUUGUCUGGAUACACGUGGAACAAGAGACCCUUCAACAGCCUGGCGUUUCUUGUAAACAGAAGCUUACCAGCAUCCAGUUCGUCUGCAAUACUGACAUAGCUCAGUUCCGACAGCUCUGUUUGGAUGACAUCCGUAGGGCCUUUUUCCUCGUUUUCUUUUUAUUAGCUGAAUUUUUUGGAACUGGAAAUAUAGCUUCUAUUAACAGCUUUGACCUUGCCUCUGUGUAUUGCUGUCUGACUGUGUUUAGUCCUUUCAUGAUGGGAGCACUCAUGAUGUGGAAGAUUUUAAUUCCUUUUGUUCUUGUGAUGUGUGCUUUUGAAGCAGUUCAGAUAAUUACCCAGUUGUCAUCAAAAGGAUAA